AUGGAUCCGGGCGCCGCGCUGCACAGGCGGCCCGCGGGCGGCGGCGGGUUGGGCGCGGGCUCCCCGGCGCUGUCGGGCGGCCAGGCCCGCCGGCGCAAGCAGCCCCCCAGGCCGGCCGACUUCAAGCUGCAGGUCAUCAUCAUCGGCUCCCGCGGCGUGGGCAAGACCAGCCUGAUGGAGCGCUUCACCGACGACACUUUCUGCGAGGCCUGCAAGUCCACCGUAGGUGUUGACUUUAAGAUCAAAACCGUAGAGCUAAGAGGAAAGAAAAUUAGGCUACAGAUCUGGGACACGGCAGGUCAGGAGAGAUUCAACAGCAUUACCUCAGCUUAUUACAGAAGUGCCAAGGGGAUCAUAUUAGUCUACGACAUCACUAAGAAGGAGACAUUCGAUGAUUUGCCAAAAUGGAUGAAGAUGAUCGAUAAGUACGCUUCGGAAGACGCGGAGCUUCUCUUAGUUGGAAAUAAGUUGGACUGUGAAACUGACAGAGAGAUCAGCAGACAGCAGGGUGAAAAGUUUGCACAGCAGAUAGCCGGGAUGCGGUUCUGUGAAGCGAGCGCCAAGGAUAACUUCAAUGUAGAUGAGAUCUUCCUGAAGCUUGUCGAUGACAUCCUGAAAAAGAUGCCCCUGGACAUGCUCAGGAACGAGCUGUCCAACAGCAUCCUCUCAUUACAACCCGAGCCCGAGAUCCCCCCAGAGCUGCCCCCGCCCAGACCACACGUGCGGUGCUGUUGA